AUGAAGAUUCAGGAUGACACCUUCGAAGAGCUAUUGCAACAUACCUACAAGACAGUAAUAGAUUCCCUUGCCAACCAGGAUGUACCUUUUGAAAGUAUCGUUUCGGCAUUGCAAGGGGACAGAGACUCUUCCCGCAACCCUCUCGCGCAGGUCGCCUUCGCCGUCCACUCACAGCAAGACAUAGGGAAGCUUACGUUUGAGGGCGUCGAGACAGAAGCCAUAGAAGGCCCAGCUACUUCACGUUUCGAUCUUGAAGUCCAUUUCUUCCAGGAACAACAUGGUCUGCAAGGCUAUGUAUAUUUCGCUGAGGAGCUGUUUGUCCCCGAGACUAUACACUCCCUAGCAUCUGCCUUCACCAGCAUCCUCGACAACUGUCUCGACAAGCCAGAGACACAGAUCGCCGUAGUGCCGCUCAUGACCAUUGAGGCCCACAGUCAACUCGACCAAAUGGGGCUCCUCCGCAUGAACCAGACAGCCUAUUCUCGAGAUUCCAGCAUCGUCGACGUCUUCCGCCAGCAAGCCGCUAUGCACCCUUCAAGGGUGGCUGUCAAGGAUACAUCAACAGACCUGACCUACGCACAGCUAGAUUCACAAUCAGAAAAGCUAGCAAAGUUCCUAGCGACGAAGUCAUUUGCCCCUGAAACAGCAGUCGGUGUUCUGGCACAUCGUUGUUGUCAAGCAAUCGUUGCUUUCAUUGGCAUCCUCAAAGCUGGCUUGGCCUAUCUACCAUUCGACCCCAAGGCGCCCGAAAAACGGAUGGAGUCCAUCUUCUCGACCAUUGAAGGCAACAAAUUGGUCUUGGUCGGCCCGAACAUCCCACUGCCAGAUACUGGACCCAAAAAUGUUGAAUUCGCCCACAUCGUCGAUAUCUUAGACGCAGAUGGAGAUGUUAAGUUUACAAGGAGGGAACUGGAUCCUACUCUCAGACCUACUGCCUCUAGUCUGGCUUACAUUCUCUUUACGUCUGGCUCUACUGGUCAACCUAAAGGAGUCAUGGUCGAACAUCGCGGCAUAGUACGUUUGGCACACCACGAUCAGAUGGAGCACUUCAAGUCUUCCGGAGCGAUGGCUCAUAUGGCAAAUCUUGCUUUCGAUGGGUCUUCCUGGGAGAUCUACACAUGUCUUCUCAAUGGAGGUACCCUCGUUUGUAUCGAUGCGACAACUGUGCUAGACCAGGAUGCUUUAUUACGCGCGUUCACAGAAUCCCAGAUUCGUAUCGCUUUCAUCACACCUGCUCUGCUGAAUUACAUCCUGGCCGAAUCCCCAGAUACAAUAGGCAACUUGGAUACCCUGCUUGUAGCAGGAGACAGAGCUGAUAUAGACGACGUCUUCAGGGCACGAGAUCUUGUGAGAAACAAAGUCGUUGCCAAUGCAUAUGGUCCAACUGAGAACUCGGUCAUGAGCACACUGUAUAUUCUGUCUGAGGAUGAGAAUUGUGUCAAUGGUGUGCCUAUCGGACGAUCUAUCAGUAACUCAGCGGCAUACGUGAUGGAUCCGGAACAAAACCUUGUGCCACUUGGAGUUGUCGGAGAGCUUGUUGUUACUGGAGAUGGUGUUGCCAGAGGAUAUACCGAUCCUAGCCGCAAUGUUGAUCGUUUUGUGACUAUCACAAUCGGACACCAAACAAUGCGAGCUUAUCGCACUGGGGACUAUGUCCGCCAGCGGCCUCGAGAUGGGGAGAUGGAAUUCUUUGGUCGCAUUGAUGGGCAAGUAAAGAUCCGGGGUAACCGUGUUGAGCUAGGAGAGAUUGAGACUGUCCUUCGUGGGCAUGAGUUGGUGCGCGACGCAGUCGUUGUAGCAGAACAACGAAAAGACAAGAACCAGCGGCUUUUUGGCUACAUCACACUCAAAGAAGACUUCGAGAUGCUUGGCGCGCAGAACAGCUAUGACAACCAGAUACAGCAUGUGAACGCGUGGGAACACCGCUUCAAUACCGAGACAUAUGCUCCGAUCAUCGGCAUCCAGUCUGAGACAGUGGGCCAAGAUUUCAUCGGAUGGACGUCAAUGUACGAUGGCACCGACAUCGACAAGACUGAAAUGAAGGAGUGGUUAGAAGAGACCAUCGAUUCGAUUCACGACAAGGUUGGCGGGCAAUUGGGAAACAUUCUUGAGAUCGGAUCAGGAUCUGGCAUGAUCCUGUUCAACCUCGGAGAUAGUUUGAAACACUAUACUGGGUUUGAGCCGUCAAGAAAGGCAGUCGACUUUGUUACGGAAACAACCAGAUCAAUCCCCUCGCUUGCCAACAAAGUGGAGAUGUAUAAGGCUACAGCGGCCGACAUCAGCAAAGUGGACCAGCCGCUCCAGGCCGACUUGGUUGUUCUGAACUCUGUGGUUCAGUACUUUCCCAGCCAAGGAUAUCUAUUCAACGUGGUACGAGACUUACUCGAGGUCGAUGGUGUCAAAACGUUAUUCUUUGGGGACAUUCGUUCUUAUGCCCUGCGCCGAGCGCUCUUCAUGGCUGGCGAAAGAGCUAGUCAAGAGGACCUACGACGUCUGGUUGAGGAUAUGGAACAGAUCGAACAAGAGCUGUUGGUCGAUCCUGGCUUCUUUACUUCACUGACACAUCGUCUCCCUGAUCUGGUCCAGCAUGUGGAGAUUCAGCCCAAGAGAAUGAGAGCGACAAACGAGCUUAGCUCCUACCGCUACACGGCAGUCGUUUACUCUCGAUCCUGGGAGCCACCGUGCGGAGGACUUCGAACUAUCCCUGACAAUGAAUGGAUCGAUUUCCAGGAACAGGGCCUGAACCAUGACUCUCUCCAGCAGCGCAUCAAUGAUGUUUCAAGCACAAAUCCUCUAGCCGUGAGCAACAUAUCCUACAGCAAGACGCUCUUUGGAAACUGCCUGCUGGGCGCACUAGGCGACGGAAAGGCCAGAAAGCCAAUCCACAUGGAUUGGACUGCUCACAUAAAUCGACAAGCUAAGGGGAUACCAAGCCUCUCUGCCGUUGACCUUCACGAGAUGGCUAAAGCAGGAGGCUGCCAAGUGCAGAUCAGCUGGAACAGACAAUACUCACAGCAUGGCGGCCUGGAUGCUAUAUUUUACCCUCGUGAAAUCAAUGGUGGGAGUGAUAAGGCAGGGUUGAUGUUUUCAUUUCCAACCGAUCAUGCCGAACGUCGACGACAGACCUUGAGCAACAAGCCAAUGCGACAGCAACUGGUCAAGGAAGUCCAACAGCAACUGGAUGAACUUGUCAAAGUUCAGCUACCUUCAUACAUGGUUCCGCAAUCUAUUCAAGUGUUGAAUCAACUUCCGAUCAACCAGAAUGGUAAAGUAGAUCGGAAAACUCUCAUACAAAGAACAAGAACGCAGACAGAAGUCAGCCAUGAAGGUCUGCAACGGGAACUAAGCACUGCAGAGCUCAAAGUACAGCGCAUACUAUCGCGGGUGCUUGGAAUCGAAGCUAGUCGUAUCGGGCUGGAAGAUAGCUUCUUCCAACUAGGCGGGGACUCAAUUGCUGCUAUGAAGAUAGUCGCUGCAGCGCGCGAGGAAGAGAUUCACCUUACUAUCGCAAACAUCUUCCAGCACCCUAAGCUCGUCAACCUGGCGACUGUGGCUCAGUUUUCUCAACACGAAGGUGAACAGAAGUCAAUUCAGCCGUUCUCCGUUCUCUCGACAACCCAAAGAGACUAUCUUCUUCACGCCAUCCCCGAGCAUACGUCCAAUAUGAAUGGAAACGACAUCAUCGACAUCCUUCCAACGACAUGGAUGCAGAAUCUUUUCAUCUCCCGGGGCGUCAACAUUCAACCCCUGGCGUUCAAUUACUUCUUCCUCAAUCUGGGGACGCGCGUUGACGCCUCCCGCCUUCGACGCAGCAUCCCCACUCUCGUCCAACACUUCUCCAUACUCCGAACAAAGUUUGUUUACGUCGACGGGGUACUUUGGCAAACUGUCCUUCGUAAACCACACGUACCCUUUACGGAGUUUCAUCUGGACAUGUGUCUUGAAGAAGCAGCUGACACUGUUUGCUUGGAGGACAGUCGGACCACGGAUCCUCUGGAGUUGGCUACUGCCUUCAUGCUGAUACGAGGCAACUCCAAUGAACACCUUCUGGCAAUUCGCAUCACGCACGCUCAGUAUGACGGUGUUUGUUUCCCGUCGUUCGUGAAAGCACUUUUUGCCAUCUACUCCGGAAAGUCUGUGGAGCAUGCGCACAACCACUCCACCUAUCUGGCUUAUACUCGGGGCAAAAACGCAGUCUCAGCCCUGCACUGGCGUAAUGUCCUGCACGGUUCGCGAAUGACCAAAGCCACCCCGUUGCUCGGUCCAAGCAUUCGACAUGGCAUGACUCCAGUUGAGGUUCAGACAGAAAACAUCAUCGACAUGCCUCAUGUCCCGACCGGUCUUACUCUAGCUUCGCUCGUCAGCGCCGCCUGGGCAAAAGUUCUCUCACAAAUCACUGGAGAAGAAGAUGUCGUCUAUGGAUACAUGGUCGCUGGCCGCAAUGCUAAUAUUCCGGCCAUCACCAAGAUUGUCGGCCCGUGUCUAAACAUCAUCCCAGUUCGCGCACGGUUGCAUGCAAAGACAACUUCGACUGAACUAAUACGUUCAAUUCAAGAACAGUACAUUGCACUCGGUGAAGCAGACUCGAUGGGGUUUGAUGAAAUAGUCCGCACUUCUACAGACUGGCCGGCUGAUACAGAGUACGACUCCGUGUUCCAGCACCAGAACCUGAAUGAACAUCCCGAAUUCGACUUUGAAGGCACCAGCUCUAGACUCCAUUGGUUUCAGAAUCCCGAUUCGGUACCUUGCAUUCUUACUGUGGUGUCCUACCCACUUGAAGACGGGCUUAGGAUUGUGGUUAGGGGUAACGAACACAUCAUAACGCCAGAGAGUGCGGAGAGAAUCAACAAACUGCUCUGCGAGACUAUCGGAGCACUGUCUUCUUCGCUCCAGUAG